CCGGGCAGUGUGUAUGGGGGAAGAAACGCGUUUUGAAUUGAAUAAUCGCCUUUUUCUGUAGUAUUUAUUAUCAAUGAAAGAAAAAAGGAUUUAGAGAGAGAGAAUGGAGAAAAAGGAGGAAAAGGUGGUGGUGGGCGUGCCAGUGCCAGUGUAUUACGGUGGAGAAAAUGAAUACCAAAGGGGAAUCAUCCCUCCUAACGCCGUGUUUGGAGAUCCAAAGGGCAUCCCCAUCCAGCAAACCAUUUACAGGGACACUCCUGCUCCUUUCAACUGCCCUUACUGCGCUCAUACCGCUCUCACUACCGUCAGAUCAAAGCCCAGUCUGGCAGCAUUUGUUGGAUGCUUGAUGCCAAUGAUGCUUGGAGUUUGCUUUCUUUGCCCUUCAAUGGAUUGCCUUUGGCAUAAAUAUCACUACUGUCCUAAAUGUCAAGAAAAGGUUGCUGAUUUUGAGAAAUCAGAUCCCUGUGUUGUGAUGGAUCCACCACACUGGACUCAGGAGAGCUUUGCAUUGUCUGGAUAGGAUGAUAAUUCUGUUACUGCCAUUUGGUUUUGCAUUUUCUAUAUUGUUUAAGAAUUAGCUGUGACAUGUGCAUGGGACAAACUUACUGCUCUUGAAUUUGAUGUAUAAGAAUUAUCUACUUAUACAUGUUUUGUUGCAUAACUAUAAUAAACUCUUGUUUUGUUAAUAGAUAUUGUACUUUAAGGAGAAUUGCAUACAUCCACAAUCUGCUAGCUUUAUUUUGGCCUUGAUAAUUGGAUUGAGUUGUCUGAUGAUGAGGAGAUAUUCUUCCUCUCAUAUUUCUAAUAAAGCAGUGGCUUUUUU